UGAAUAUGGAUAUAGAGGUUGCGCAGUGUAAAAGUAUUCAUAAUAUAAUGGCUCCUUAAUGAUAUGGCCAUUACGAGAGUGGAAUAAGUUUAGAGGAUUAUUGUAUCCGAUUUUCAGAUACUUUAAAACUGAGGCAUGGUUGAUUGAUCGAUCGAUAUUUUAUGUUAAAAAUAUACGUGUAGACAGAGAGUGACCGGUCAUUGUAGGCGGUUAUCAGUAAUUUUGUGUAAUUUGGGAAGAGUCACUUAUGUUAGCUCUAGUUGAUUUUGGGUAAAUACUGUUGAGUGUGGCCCCAUUGGUGAACUACGGAAUGCUUCAGGCCUAUUGGCUUCUCAAUCUCUUCAUUAGAUAGUUAUUUUGGGAUGGUUACAGGUUUCCCAAUACAUAUUUGCUUGUUGGUUGUUGCUCCGACGAGAUGACACGCAAAUACAAGGGUAAAACUGUUAUGACAGAGGAAGAGCGUUACGAAUCCCUCCGCCAUUGCAAGUGGGUAGAUGAAGUUAUUCCUGAUGCCCCAUGGGUGUUGAAUCAAGAGUUCCUUGACAAGCAUCAUAUUGACUAUGUUGCUAAUGAUGCUCUUCCUUAUGCCGUUGCUAGUGGAGCGGGAAAGGAUGUCUAUGAAUUUGUCAAAGCUGUUGGAAAAUUUAAAGAAACAAAACGAACAAAUGGAAUUUCAACUUCAGACAUGAUAAUGAGGAUAGUUAAAGACUAUAAUCAGUAUGUGAUGCGAAACUUGGAUCGUGGAUAUUCAAGGAAGGAACUUGGUGUUAGCUAUGUCAAGGAAAAGCGAUUGAGGGUCAACAUGAGGCUACUGCAGUUACAGGAGAAAGUCAAAGAACAUCAGGAGAAAGUGGGAGAAAAGAUUCAAACUGUGGCAAAAACUGCUGGUAUGCAUCGCAAUGAGUGGAUUGAAAAUGCUGAUCGUUGGGUCGCUGGAUUUCUUCAGAUGCUCGAAGAGGGUUGCCAUAAAAUGGAAACAGCCAUCAGGGAUCGAAUUCAAGAUCGAUCAAGAGGCCAGCAAUCAAGAGACUUGCUGGAAAUUGGAAGUAAGAACGACACUGAUGAUGAUGAACAUGGUGAUGAGUACUACUGUGUCGAAGAGGACGAGGAAGAAGAGUAUUUUGAAAAUGAAGAACAGUAUAUUGAGGAAAGAAAGAUUACAUCGUAGUCUGUAGAGAACACUUGUGCUUAAGGGUCUAACACUAGUAACAUCUGCUUCUUUGAUUGUUGUUGUAGGGUUGAUAUGGAAUUAGGUGGCUGCUGCAGAGGAUUGUUGUUGCUGCAGUAGUUGCAUGGAGCUUGUGUAUCUGAGCUGAUUCUAACUUAAUAACACAUUUUUUAAAUUCUUUUUCUUUUCGUAUAGUUAUUCCAAUUCGGUCUGCACAGUUGAAUACAUGUUUAUCGUUUUGUUCGAAUAUAUCUUGCCUCUUUAGUAGAUGUUCUGUUUAGCAACCGAGUGUUAAUAUGACACUAUUUUUGUUAAAUAAGAGAUGGUUAUAGCAUUCUUUUAA